GGAUAAGAAAUGAUAGUUAUUACAUCGUGUUUUUAAUCAAUAAAUUUAAGUUAGUCUCCGGUCGAAUGGUUAACAAUUCCAUAACCCAAUCCUUCUAUUGACAUGAUUAUUAUUAUCAGCCUAUUUCGUUUUGAUGUCAUGAAGAGUAAUAAUUACUCCAAAGACUUUCACUAGCAAUAAUGCACUAUUGCACUCUGUUCUCUUCGCUGUGUGUCAUGAUGACAAUAGUAGCUGUGUCGCCGCCGGCAGAAACAAUUGUCAAAUCAACUCUUUCCUCCUUUGUAUACCGUGCCUUUUAAUGAUAUUAAUUACAGCUUUCAACAGCCAAGUUCACAAGAAUGGUAUUGUUGAAAAGUCUUGACGAAGAAUCGAAUAUAUCUUUUGUCCCUUUUGAAGACUAGAGAUCAUAGAAUCAUGGCUGCAUCAACCACUGAGAAAUCUGAGCUGUCCUCAUCUCAUUUCUUCAGACCCAUUGUUCGACCUCUCAAUCAAGGCAUACCAUUUCCGACCGCGUUUAUGGAAAGAUAUGGUGAUAGCUUGGGGAAAGUUGUGGUUUUGAAAGUUCCAACUGGAGCUGAAUGGCGGGUAGAAUUGCACAGGGUUAACGGCGAGACUUGGAUGCGAAAAGGGCUGCAAGAAUUUGGAGAGUUUUAUUCCAUAGAGUUGAACCAUGUCUUGGUUUUCAGAUAUGAAGGCAAAUCUCGAUUCAGUGUCCUAAUAUGUGACAAAACAACUUCCGAAAUAGAUUACUCUGUCCAUGUCGAACAUGUCGAAGUAAGUGAUGAUGACAACAAUUAUGUCAUCAAAAAAUUCGGAAACAGAGGAAAGAAGAAGAAGAAGAACAGAGAGAUUGAUGAAGAUGGGAAGAAGCCAAAUGGUGGAUGGUCAUACUCUUCAGUGAAUGGGCGGCGCCGUUUAAGACAAAGGGUCAACAUGAAUGGGAGUUACAGAGGAACAUCGAAAUCCCAGAUCUCAGAUGAUCAAAGGGCUUUGAAAUCUGAGCAUCCUUCAUUUGAUUUCGUAGUUGGACGGGCUCAUGUUUUUCGUCCAUACUUUUUUGUAAGCUGUCACAUUCGAUUCUUUCAUUGUUUUUGUUCAUUGUAAUACAUGUUUAAGCAUUGUUAAUUUCGAUUACUUACCGAUGUGCUUUGUGUAAUGUUGAAGGAAUUCCCGCGCGAAUUUCGCAACAACAACUUUGGUAGGAGUUGUAGAGAGGAUUUUAAGGUUGGUGUACCUGAGACUGGAAAAACAUGGGUAGUUCUGUUUCGUGUUCAGGGAAACAGGGCAUGGAUUUCUGGUCUUGGUUGGAGACGACUUGUCCAAGAAAAUGGAUUAACCGUUGGAGAGGUUUGUACCUUUGAAUUCAUCAAGGCAAAGGAGUUAUUCAACUUAUACAGGAGAAAGAAUUGAAGAACAUUCUGCAAAACCUCUCUGUUAUCUCUUUUGCUUUGAUAAUAGUAUUCAUUAGGAGUUUAAGAAUAGAUCUCCAGUCGAAGGUUUUACCAAACUCGUCUAUCUCCAUAUCUCCUAACAGAAGAAGCAAUCAUUUUGGGAGAACUUAGGAGGAAAAAUAUGUAAUGUUGGUAACUCUUUUGUUAAUGCAGUAUGAAUCCAAUGAAGAGAACAAUCUCGAAUACGGAUAAAUCCUGGUCAAACAUUGUUCCGGAAUGACAUAAAAUCUAGGGCUUGUGUGGCCAACAUUUUGU